AAGCACUCGCAGCCCGCGGACGUUGUUCGAGGAUAUUUGAAGAUGACCGACGUACUCAGCAAUGCGCAUAACUCCGACAAGGUGUCCGCAUUAGUGAAGGAAGCGGAAAGUCUCAAAUCAAAGCUGGAAGAAGAGCGCCAAAAGCUGAACGAUGUUGCCCUUUCGUCAGUGGCCGAUCGCUUGGAAAUGAUCAGCUAUUUAAACAUCAAACCCCGCCGUGUUCUCAAAGGCCACCAGGCUAAAGUGCUGUGUUCAGACUGGUCCCCGGAUAAACGGCACAUAGUGUCCUCCUCGCAGGAUGGGAAACUGAUAAUAUGGGACGCUUUUACAACCAACAAGGAACAUGCCAUCACAAUGCCAACCACCUGGGUAAUGGGAUGCUCGUAUGCUCCCUCCGGCAAUCUCGUGGCGUGUGGCGGCUUGGAUAAUAAGGUGACAGUGUACCCUAUCACACUCGAGGAGGAUAUCUCUUCACGGAAGAAGACGGUCGGCACGCACACCAGCUACAUGUCGUGUUGCAUUUUUCCAAAUUCAGAUCAGCAAAUACUGACCGGCAGUGGAGAUUCGACUUGCGCGCUGUGGGACGUUGAGUCGGGUCAGUUGCUGCAGAGCUUUCAUGGCCACACGGGCGACGUGAUGUCGAUCGAUCUAGCACCGAACGAAACAGGCAAUACUUUCGUUUCCGGAAGCUGCGAUAAAAUGGCAUUCAUCUGGGAUAUGCGCUCGGGUCAUGUGGUGCAAUCGUUCGAAGGUCACCAGUCGGACGUGAACAGUGUAAAGUUUCAUCCCAGCGGUGACGCAAUCAGUACCGGAUCAGACGAUAGCACGUGCCGUUUGUUUGACAUGCGCGCAGACAAGGAGGUAGCCGUGUUCAGUAAAGAUAGUAUCAUUUUCGGAGUAAAUUCGGUGGAUUUUUCCGUUAGCGGACGCUUGCUGUUUGCGGGAUACAAUGACUACACUGUGAAUGUGUGGGACACGCUCAAGGCACAGCGAGUCUGUCUGCUUUAUGGGCACGAAAAUAAGGUGUCCUGUCUGCAGGUGUCUCCGGAUGGGACGGCGUUAUCUACCGGCAGCUGGGACUAUACGCUAAGGAUUUGGGCAUAAGCUGAAUUCUGAGACUAUUGAGAUAUUGACAGUAUUACCUAGUUCAAACGUGCACUGGUCAAGUCAUCGUUUUAGCCGGCGCGAAGCGUAUCUUUAGUCAAAUAGUAAUAAUUGUACUAUUGCAAUGAAUAUUUCAUGUUAGCCAAAUAGGACGUUGUUCAAGGAAAUCAGUAUAGCAAAGCGGACUCAAAAAUCUCAAAGUAACUGCUCCACUCACUCCUCCUGGAUGGACUCAAUGUACUCGCUGUUGUAUCGUACAGUUUUUUAGCUUCCUACUAACUGUUAGUCACACGGUGGUCGCACCACGUGUAAUAGAAUCUAACAAAAUCCAACGGUGCGAUUCGCUGUAAUAAACCAAAGAAA